CUCACGUCGCACUCACGUACGCUCAUGUCGCACUCACGUACGCUCUCCUGCGAAGAGAAUGCACCGCAACGCAAGACGGCACCUCGUUUUACUGAAGACGAGAAGAGCCUACUGACCGCACUUGUCAGUGACUGCAAGCAUAUUGUAGAAUGUAAAAAAACUGAUGUCGCAUCAUUGGCAAAGAAGAACGAAACAUGGAAAGAAAUAGCUAAACAGUAUAAUGCGAACCACGGGAUUACGCGGCGUGACCACCUCCAACUGAAGAAAUGUUGGAACAAUCUCAAGCAAAAGUGGAAAGAGGAAGCUGCAAAAGAAAAGCGAGAGCGCCACAAAACUGGAGGUGGACCGGCACCUUCGACCAUGGCCCCCAUCCACCAGUUGGUGGGAUCGAUUGCUGGCCACAUAGCAACGCGGGUAGAUAACCCUUUCGAUUCAGAUGGGACCCAAUACCAGCCUCCCGUCGAAAGUCUACCUGUGGUGAGGCUACUCCAACCAAUGGUCGAUGGGCAAAAUGAGCUGGACUUUGACUUUCAAGAUGAUCAGUGGGAUGCCACGAGCCUUGCUGAGCAGUCACAGCCACCAGCAGGUACUGAAGCAAAUGAGGACAACACCUCCUCUUCGAUCGUGCAGCCCAACACUGAGCAAAACGCUCCUGCAGCAGGCCACACCGACAGCUCCAAUGCUUUUGGAGCUGCUGUUAGCUGCAGUUUUGCUGCAGCAACUGCCACUGGGGACGUCUGCAGGACUCCAAGGGGGCGGUUGGCCCUUUUGGAAAAGACGUUGAGCGCUGAAAACGACGUCCGUUCAGAGCUCCUGAGGGAGGAGCAUGCUGUCCGUGUGCGGCUGCUUCAGGAGAACCACGCCGCCAUGCUGCAAGAACGAGCAGAAAAGAGGGCAUUUGAAAAACAAGUAGAAGAGCUUGAGCUUAUGAAGCAAAAAAAUGAGCUGGAGAAACAAAAGCUGGCCUUAGAGAUUCUUCAAAUAGAAAAAGAAAUUAAAAACGAACAGCUCCGCGGGCUGCGGUGUACUGAGACACAUGAAAAAUAAAAGAAUCUGUCAGCAAAAAUGUGAUGUGCUGAAACCACGCAACAGUGCGUUUGGAUGCGUCCAUUGUUCAAAAGUGCAUGGCCGUGUGUAGCAGUCCUGAGAAGCUUUUGCAUGCCUGUCAAGCAAUCAAUUGGACCACUGAUAUGCACGGUGAUCAGGUAGCACGUUUUGGAACAGUAAAGAUCAGGGAAAAUGUGUGCAGCUUUGGUAGCCACAGCAGCAACAGAGAAUGGCGGCAGCAAAUAUUUCCUCAAUAGCAUUCACUUUCUGGAAGAUCAAUACAGCAUUCUCGAAGAAUUUAAUCAAAGCGAACGUAAUAACAAAUGCAGCAGCUUGAACUUGAUAAUUUUAAAGGAAAAACGGCUCUGUGAGGUGCAACUGGUUUGUGAUUCAACAGCCUCCCAAACUAAGGAGAAAAUAAAACACAUUCUAAAAAAUGAUAGGAUGUCGGUAGUCGUACACGUAGGUGCACUUCGCAAUUAUGCUUGAGUU